GCUCCUAUGUUUGCAACCGGCCCCAAAUCAAUCUCAACAGUCGCACCAGCACCACAUGACUCCAAUCUGCGGAGCCAAAGCAGUAGCACUUCCUAAUCUUUCAGCAAGACAACAACCUACCUCCAAAAAGAGAGCGGGCACUGAGCAAUGUGCCUCUGAUGCUCUUGUUGGAGGUGGCGGUGUGGCACUUGCUGUAGAUGGACUGGUGGAGCUGUGGCUUCCAAGAGCCAGAGUUGCAGCACUAAAUGGAGCUAAGGGCCGAAAAGAGGAAGCUCAAUGAUUGCCUUUCAACUGGAUUUCUGAGUUGUGUUUUGAUAUCCCACUAACUAGAAUUUCAUACUUCACUGGAUUUUCUGAGUAUGUAGGAGUAUACGCUAGAGAGGAACUGGUGUACAUAGGAGAAAUACAUUUUUGCAUCUGCUGCAUUGAUAAGGUGCAGAUGGCUUUGAGUUUUUGCAUUGAGAAAUAUGCCUGGGUGUAGAAUGUUAAUGCAUUGAGAAAUAUGCUCCAUUGAUAAGUGUAAAUAAAGUCGUGUUUUCCUU